AUGAAUCAGUGCAUGCAGGAUCAAUAUGAUGCAUACUUGCAAUUGAACUAUGCCUUAAAGCACAUUUGGGUGCAAGUCGUGAUUUUCUUUGAACCUGCAAAACACUUCACCAAAAUAGAUGCUCUCGCUAGUCUGACUGCUGACGACACUCUUGACACUACCAACAUGCUUCUCCGUCAAAGAAUUGUCUUUUUGGGUUCUCAGGCGGAUGAUGUGACUGCAGAUUUUGUAAUCAGUCAGCUUUUGUUUUUGAAUGCUGAUGACCCUAAGAAAGACAUCAAGUUGUUUAUAAAUUCACCUGGUGGUUCUGUUACUGCUGGAAUGGGAAUUUAUGAUGCCAUGAAGUUAUGCAACGCAGACGGGUCAACAGUUGCUUUGGACUUCCAGCAUCCAUGGGUGCAUUUCUCCUUGCUGCAGGAACAAAACAGAAGAGAUAUUGUAUGCCGAAUUCUAAAGUUAUGA